GGCGGGCCUGCCGGAGGAGACAGACCUCGACCCUGGCGUGGGAGUUCUGACCUCGGGUUUUCCGGUUUCGCCUGCGACCGAGAGCUGUUGAGGCGCUGCGGCCCAGCUCGCGGUAGCGGCCCUCGGGGCGUCCGGCCCUGUGGGGUGAAUUUCUGGCUGCCAUGGCCGCCGCCGGCUUGCGCGCCUUCGGGACAAAGGGACCCGGCUGGCUCCGGCGAAGCCCCUGGGCUCCGCUCUCCGCCGGCUUCUGCAGCAGGGGUCCGGCCGGGGCCGGACGGCCGGAGCUCGGGCCGCGACUCACCAGCGCGCGGCAGCGGGACGGCAUCAGGAACAUUGUCCUGAGUGAUCCGAAGAAGAGGAACGCGCUGUCAUUAGCCAUGCUGAAAUCUCUGCAAAGUGACAUUCUUCACGAGGCUGAAAGCAGAGAUCUGAAAGUCAUCAUCAUUUCAGCUGAGGGGCCCGUAUUUUCUUCUGGGCAUGAUUUAAAGGAACUGACAGAUGAGCGAAGCCCAGAUUAUCAUGCCGAAGUAUUUCAGACCUGUUCUGAGGUCAUGAUGCUGAUCCAGAACCACCCGGUCCCCGUCAUCGCCAUGGUGAACGGCUUGGCCACCGCGGCCGGCUGCCAGCUGGUCGCCAGCUGCGACAUCGCCGUAGCGAGCGACACGUCCUCUUUCGCCACUCCGGGGGUGAACCUCGGGCUCUUCUGCUCCACGCCGGCGGUGGCCUUGGGGAGAGCGGUGCCGAGAAAGGUUGCCUUAGAAAUGCUUUUCACCGGGGAGCCCAUUUCCGCCCAGGAGGCCUUGCGGCACGGGCUGCUCAGCAGAGUCGUGCCAGAGGAGCAACUGGAGGAGGAGACCAUGAGGAUCGCAGGCAAGAUUGCCUCCUUGAGCCGUCCAGUGGUGGCUUUGGGCAAGGCCACCUUCUACAGGCAGCUGCCCCAGGACCUUCGAACGGCCUACCACCUCACCUCCCAGACCAUGGUGGACAACGUGGCCCUGAAGGAUGGGCAGGAGGGAAUCAAGGCCUUCAUCCAGAAGAGAAAACCCAUCUGGUCGCAGUGAGUGGUCUCACCAGAGACGUGCAGGAAGAGGGGGCCCCACCCCCACUUCUGACGCCCAAACACCACUGCUUCCUCGUGACUGUCGAAGGCAGCCUGCUGUGUAACAGUAGACAUGGCUUCAGUGUACGUGGUCUGUAGGAAAGGCCAUGAUCCCCUGGGGAGAGGAGGAGGUGGGGAGUCCAAUCAAGUGGAAGGACGGCCAGCCUGUGCCGGCUAGCUGGGGGCACUGGUGGGGAGCCUGGCCCUUGAGAUGUUCCUUCAAGGACCGUAAGUGGGGGACCGCCUGACAUGGGAGAAGGUGAGGAUACAGGAGGAUGCCAACCAAGCUCUGCCUCCAGAAAUGUGCCCUGAGGUGGAGGUAGUUCUGGCUGCCCACGAGCAGCCACACAUUUCGAAUCUCCACAAGAUGUUCUCCACACUGAAAAUCUCCUCGAUUGUGCUUCUCAACAGAAAUGGCUUUUGGACUAAUCUUCUAUGAUUUAAAAAGAUUAAAUAUUGAGAGGGACUGGUAAUCUUAGCUUUCCCCAGCCAGGCUGCAAGCUGUCCAAGAAAAGAAGAGAAAACCAAGGACCCCUUUUCUUCGUAAGCCCGCACUCGGGGGUGCACACCAGGUGCCUGAUGGUUCUGUAAUGGAUGUCCUGGCCGUCCGAGAUCCCGACACCAGGACCCUGCGCUAAACCCGAGGCUGAAAACAUCAGGCAGAGGUGGGAGGGACACAGGACACGUGUUCUACCCACUGCACACCACCGGUUCUGCUCAGCCUCGGGGAGGUGCUACAAACCAGCACCAGGCAUCUGAGCUCCCCAGCUGAGCGAGCGCGUGCAUCAGGACCUAAACCUGUUCCUCUCUGGCUUUGGGUCCAACCUGGCCCAAGACACAUCCCAAAUCUCUUGUCCUCAAGCUUUCACGUAGGGCUUAUUAUUUUCUUUUAAGCCAGUUUUUCUUCCCUUGGAGUAGAAUGUGGCCAUAAAUGUGGUCAGUACCAAGGCUGAGAUGGAGAAGCAUGGGGCUCUACCCUGGGGCUCGCAUGCAUUGCAAUGGAUGUCCCCAGUGUUUCCACAGGUUUCUACUGAGAUUGACAAUUUUUUGCUUUGUCUGAGUUUAGAGAGGUUUAAAAAAAAAAGGGGGGGGUGUUUUCUUGGAAAGGAGGAACUUGUUACUAAGAUGCUCGUCAUGCCCAGAGGUCAUCAGAGCUGGGCACCUGGGACGUGGCAGGUACCCUCUGUAUGUUCUCGCUUCAUCCUCCCCAGACCCCGUGGAGCAGGUGCUAGGGCAAUCUGCAUCCUGCAGGUCAGUCGUUGAGACCCACUCUGUGCUAGGUCCAACAGCUGCCCCUGGGUAGAGUGAGGGUUCCAAACUCCGCCUGAAAAAGCAGUGGGUGCGCCUUCCCCUGGCCACGCGGCCUCAUGGCGAGAUCCUGGGUGGGCGUGAGGCCAGCCCCAAAGACGUGACUCCCCUGCUCCGUGCAGCAUUCCAGAACGAAGGAACGGACCCCAUACUCCUUGCUGCACAACUCUGCCAGUGCGCAGGGGACAUCGGAUUUGAUCGUCGGCAGAGCACGGACAGAAUUUUUACUGCGCAGCCAAUAAUGAGCUGGCUGCAGACCUAGGCUAGAUUGGGGAGGACGGGGGGCUAGAUGGGCUGUCAUCAUCCGCUCAGAAACAGUGCUGCCCGUGGGGCCCCUGCUGUAUCUUCCUGCCCAGGUGGCCUUGAUAGCUGGGGAGAGGGUGUCACAAAGGCCCCUGGGUUUUGGAGAAAGUGACAAAGCCCUCUCACACACACACAUUUGGCAAAGGAAAAUCAAAUGGCAACUUUCCAGUUUCUGUAUGAGCAUGCACUAGCCCCUGAAACCAUGAAGUCCUCGGGGCCCUGGGCUGGCUUCCCAGCCCGUGAGCUGACUCACACUCAGGGACUAGCUGUAAAUCUUGACCCUCGCCUGGGGAGCAAAUAAUACAGAAGGAAAACUUGCUACCCACCCUCUGAUGUCAUAGGAUUCAUCCCCAGGCAAAUAUACAUUUGGGGUUAAUUUGUAUCCAUGCUUCCCUCCGCUGGGUUAUGCAAUGAAAUUUUUCUGACAACCACACAUGAUGAUUGCUUUUGGAAAGCCUGGUAUAUUCUCGUCUUUCUGUCUGCACCAUUUACUUCUCAGGGAGCUCCGCUGAGCUCAGCCCUGCAGGCGCCAGGAAGUCAGGGAACCGGGUCCCCACGCCCGCGCGCUGUGUGAGAGAGCAUUCCCCAAGGCUGGCUUGAGCCCUGCGGAAUACCAGCAAAUGGAGGGAUACCAGCUCCCCAACUAACUUCACACCAGUGAAUUUGGGGGUAGUUGCCAUUCGGGAACCAGGGUUGAUUUAAGGAGCCGAAUUCCUGAAGUGGCUCUUAGUACCCUCCCUGGUGUAUAGGAGACUCAGAGAAGUGACGGCACUUGCCGCGGUCAAGCCACGAUGUGGGUUCGGAUCUGCAGGGUCCUGAAGUCUGUGCUCCUGACCACCGUGCCAUGUUCCUGCCGACAUGCCGAAAAGAUCGUUGUUCCAACCCUGGAGAGACUAUGGAUGCACUAAAAGGAAACCAGUCAGAAAUGCCACAGCCAAGGCCACACAGUUUUGCUUACCGAAGGAGAUUCGGGAAAAGCAGGAUUUGAACACGGAGAACGCCGCGUCCCGGUGCCAGGUUUACGGUGUGGCCUCAGGCGGGUCAUGAGCGCAGUUGUCCUGUCCAUAAGCGUGAUGCCAUUGGACUCUCGUCCUCCUCGUUGCGACAUUCUGGGCUCUACAAUACUGGGAUUUGGGAACUUGCCACGGAACUUGAAACAGGUAGCUUUUGCUCAAGGAAAUGUUCUACAAACGGAGAAGGGCGCUUUGCCCCAGAAGUAGUAAACAUGGGCAACACCUGAGCGCAUUCGAGAACGACAAAUCCAUCACAGGUGCUCACAGCCUCGGGCCCACACCUGCACCUUUUGAAGAUGUCCUCCACUAGGAAGCCGUGACCUGAGGCACAUCUCUCUCCAAACGGGCAGUUACCCUUCGUUUUGUCCAAUGCAUUCAUUAUUCAGCCAGCAAACCAGCCCCCUUCCCCACCCCCGCCACCACCUUUCCUUUCCUUCCUCUGAAAACACACCGCACUGAGAGUAGCGUUUCCAAAGUGUGGCCCCUGGGUGACCUGGAUCUUCACAUGCAGAUCCCUGGGCUCCUCACCAGACCUACUGAAUCACAAAUUCAGACUUCCAAGGCCUAAAAAUAUGCAUUAAAAAAAAAAAAAAGGUCUCCCAGUAAUUCUGCUGAGCACAAAAAUGUGUGAACUGCUGCAUGGGUGGAAGUGACCCAUCUCUUUUCAGCUGCGUCCGUAUUUUAACAGUUGAGCCCGUGCAGCGUUUACGAUGAAGUUGUGGGCAGUCACCACUGACUCGGAGAGGAACGUGAUGAAGUUUGAGCUCUUCCAGGAGCCUCUGGAAACCUCCACUCGGGCAGAUUUUAGGGGCUUCAAAGGCCCCAGGUGCUCGUGCCUCUGCAAGCCCCACCCCAUAUCACACUAAACAGCAGAAUACACCUCUAUUCCACACUGAAUGUCAUUCUUCUAUUUAGGGGAAGGAGCCCCAUGAUUUGCUUUCUGAAUCAUUUUUAAACAUUUUAUUAACGAGUACAAUUUCUUGGCAAUCAGCGGGUAUUCGGGAGUUAAAUUCAACAUCAUCGAACUUGACAUGUUACAGUUAAUAAAAUAUUAAAUUUCGGUCUUGCAAGUGUUUUUCUUUUAUAUUGUGGAGCCCAAAGUUUAUUUUUUCAGGU